UAAACUGUUUUCGGCUCACCCAGAGGGCUGACUGUUUGUUAUCUUGAGCUCUGAGGUAGAGUUCAGAUCUUGUGCACGAUCUUGGUACAGAGCCCGUGUUGCUUUGGUCAGACAAAGGGUCGACAAUGCUUUCCUACGUGGUAUUUGCUGUGUUGUUGUGUGCUGCCUUGGCUCAGAACCAUACAUGCCACACACCCGCCCAAGAGCAGAGAGAGGAGGAGGUCAUUGCUUUGGUGUCUGACUUAAUGGACCGCAAUCAAGACAAUGUUAUCUCAACCGCCGAAAUAGUAGUUGGUUUUGCGGAAAUUUUGGGAUAUCAACUCCAUUUUUCCGAGGCAGUCGUCCUGUCUUUCAGCACCCAGCAGUUGCUGGCCCUGGCAGCAGAGUUUGGAAUCGUGAUAGACAAAGAGCACUUCGUGGAGAAGUGGACCGCCCGCUUCGGCGACAACCUGGGCUUCGCCAGAGCCACCUUCAACGCCUACGACGAGAAUCACGACGGACAGCUGAGCGUCAUCGAGCUGGAGCACAUCCUGAAACACGUGUACCACGUGUCAGAUAACGGAGACGGAAUACUCACCGCCAAGGAAUUCCGCGACUAUCUGAUCCACGUCUACAACGACUGUUGAUGUCCAAAAACAGCACACCUGCGCAGAGAACAGCCGCGAACAGGUGACUGCCAAGAAUUAACAGUUUUGAGGAAAAUCCACUAACACCUGUGUCUGCGGGACUUUGCAAAAUAUCAGUUAGGAACAAAAAAGAAACUGUUAUAAACAGAUGAAAGAAAUAAAAAAGUAUUGAAACUGGC